GGUAGCUUUAUAAACUGUUAAGUUUCUAUUAAGUGCUUAUAAUGCUCCUAAAUGCAAUAAUAACUGUGCCAAUUGUGCUAUAAUUAACACCAAUAUAGUCUCAUUAAUGGUAAUAAACAUCUUAUAAGUGCUCAUUAACUGGUUCAUUGGUGCUUAUUAAGCAUUAAUUAACACUUAUUACAGUACCUUAAUAUAAAGUGUAACCAUAAAUUCAAUUUUCAGAAAGAUAAGAAAUUGUUGAAUACAUAUACACAUUUGUAAUGAUGCUAAAUAAACACAUUAUUGACCAGCAAUACAUGCACAUAUUAUUUGUGUAUUAUUGGCGAACAUGUCUCACCCCAACUAGUGUUACAAGAGGUUUUAGUUCACACACUGCUGCUGAGUGUUUACACUCUCUGCUGCUGAUUGGCUGCUGUGAUCACAUGAUUUCAGAGAAUCGUCUCAGAGAAAGUGAAACUUAACAGGACGGACUAACAAAAUAAUGCUCAUCUAAAUGACUCUCUCUUGAUUUUUGUACAUUAUUUGUAAUUGGUAAAUAGGCUAAAUUAUGUAAAAUAGCAUUAUGUCAUGUCAUUUAAUUAUCUUUUGACAAAAUUACGAUCUCUGUCUCAAAAUAUAGAAAACUGUUAAAGGAGAGCUGCGGUGGUUUUUAACCCAUAGCCCUGUUGAUCGAGGUUACCGAGUGCUGUCAGUAGGAAAACUAACGAGAACAUUUGGCACAACAUUGACUGAAUAUCAGAAAGGCAGCUAAAGUGAACCUAUGGGGGCAGCCAAUCUUAAGUUUCACUCUCAGUUUAACUGCCCACAUAGAUUCCCUUUAAAACAUAAACUUGUCAUCCAUGAUUGUGUCAUGUUUGAGUAGACUUUUGCCAUUCAUGUGAGGUUUGAGUUCAUGACAUUGCAACAUGAGCUUACUUAAUAUGGAGUUUCUUUCCCUAAGUCCAAGAUGGCGUAUUCCACUGUACAGGUCCAUGGCUCACAGCUAUGUGGAUAUGUGUUCAAUGUUGGAGAAACUGUCUACAGAUGCAGAUAGGUUUUGCUCUCACACCUGGUUGGUUCUGUGACUGUGGAGUCAUGAAGGCUUGGAGAACUGGACAGUGGUGCACCAAACACGGCCCAGCAAACUCUGUAGUGCUGCAGCACCCGGAGUUGAGAAAACUGGCCCAAGCUGUGAUUGGUCCCUUGAAGAGUGGGCUUCAAUCCUUCAACACCGUCACAGACUUACUCCUCAGCGUGAAUGCAGACAUCAUCCUUCCUGGAUGCCAGACCUUUGAUGAGAUCAGGAGAGAGAUUGAAAGCAUGAAGCAGAAGUUAGAAAGAUCAGAGCAGGUGGCCAAACAGGAGCUUCUAAAGCUGGAUGGGGACACUGAGCGUCUCACUGCAGAGCAGAGUUGUUUAGCCGAGGAGAAACAGAAGAGAGAGGGGGAGUUACAGAAAUAUAGAAUAGAGCUGAAGUCACAUCAGGAGUCUUUAGAGACGAAUCAGGAAAAACUGAGAGAAGCGAGAUGUCGUGUAAAGAAGGCAGAAGAGGCCUAUGACGACAUGAGUCGGAGGAGAGAUGAGGCCCAGACAAAGAGGGAUGUUGGGAUUGGUCUCAUGGCGAUCCCAAUCAUUGGAUGGAUUGCUGGGUCAGUCUUGAUUGGAGUUGGCCAGGUAGACAUGGAUCAGGCCUCUGACUUGAUGGAGUCUGCUAGGAGUGAAGUACGUGAAUUUGAAUCUCAGGAGGAAAUGUUCUCUAGAAAUGUAUCUGAGUAUGGCUCCAAAAUUAGUCAAACUCAGGCCAACAUUCAAACUACAGACGAUAGGAUUCGUCAGACAGAGGCCUCACUGCAGGACUUGUCCAAGAAGCGGGAGGUCGUUGCUGAUAUCCAGGCUAAAACUAGACAAGCUGUCCGUCAACUGGGGAGGCUGAGUGGGGUGGGGAGUGCGGCGGAGCUGCAGACCCGACGUCUGAUCCUGCUAGAGCCAGUCAUGAAGGUGAUGGAAGAGAUGACAUCAGCACUGGGGCAGAUCACCGGAGAUCAGUUGCUGCAUUCAGAGGGCAUCCAGAGCCUGAUGUUGGAUAUGAGAAAGAACAGGGAGAAAUUAUUCCAACUUGCUGACACCAGAGAUACUCAUUCAGAUGAUGACUAUUACUAAUGUGUUGGUCCUUCUCAGACAUUGCUAGAAAGUUCUUUUUUAUGUGAAUUCGCAUUUUUUCUAAUGCUGAUUAUAAUGUCAGAGCGCAUACAGAGCCUCAUGGGAUAUGAAGGCAAACCAGAAGAAAUUACAAAUAUAUCUAUGAAUGAAGAUCAAUCUGAGAUUAGUUAAUACUGACAAAAAGGAGUGUGUCCUGUGUGCUUUAGUGAUUCAUAUAAGGCACAUUUUAAUUAGUGAGUUUACUGAGAGAUGCAGGAAACCUGCAGCAACCAGCUGAUAUACUGGUGCAAAUUCCCCAUGGUAAGAAUGAGUCCUUCUGCAAUGUUGUUGAUGGUGAUAUAUUUAAAUGUAGGAAGGGAAGAAGGAAAAUAUUUACACGUUAAUUGAUGGUGAUGAUCAACAGCUGAGUUUUAUUAGUUUGAGGUGAUAUUUGCAUCAGGCUCAAGACUGUAAACAGAUCAUCACAGACACAUCACAUGACAUGUCUAAAGAUAAAUGGUAGUGGGACACUUGGAAUUAGCUUCCUGAAGAUUCUACUUUACUUUGUAAAGAUGAAGAAUUUCAAAUCAUUUUCUGUCUACAUUAUUUCACUGUUUAUUUCUGCUCAAAUUGUUUGUCACUUUGUUUUGUGGUGAAGUUUGCAUGGGUAAAUAAAAGAAUAUGGAAUCUUUAUUCUAUAUCUAUAAAUCCAA